UUUAGUUCCACCACAUAAAUACGCACUCCUCCUUUAAUUUGUUCUCUGUAGAAGCCGCAUCAGAGAAACUCUCGAGUUCUUCCGAUCUCUCUCGCUUCCAUCAGAUUAUCGCAAGUUAGAGUAAGGAAACAAUGGGAGUAUACACCUUUGUGUGCAAGAAAUCUGGCGAUGAAUGGACCGCUAAGCAGUACUCUGGCGAUCUAGAAGCUUCUGCUGAUUGCACCUUUUCUCUUCAAAGGAAACUCGUUCAAACCGCUCUUAGUUCUGGCGAUUCUGGCUCUAUUCAAUCUUCUUUCUCUUACAUCACUCCUUCCUCUGCGGUUGCUCAGGUAAUCAUUGGUGGAGCUGUUGCUGCCGCAUACGUAGGUGGUGGAGCAGCAGCUGCAGAUCUGGCUGGUGGAGCAGCUGCUGCAGAGCCUGCCAAGGAAGAGAAAAAGCCUGAGAAGGAAGAAAGUGAGGAUGAAGAUAUGGGUUUCUCACUGUUUGAUUAGUGUGUUACUAUCAUCAUGGCAUGAUUUGGUCUCAUUUUUGGCUUGUUAAUUGAUAGGAUUUUGUGUAGAACUUGAGAUAAUACCAGACAUAUAAAGUUAUUGUGUUGGAAGUUGGAACUGGUGAAUGCCAUUCUUUUCAAAAUAGUACUGUAAUGUCUAAAAUUUUGGUGUGAAUUCUUGUUUUUUGUUUUCCUAGUUGAGAUUUCUGGUUAAAAUUUAUGUCA